CCAUUUUGAUCGAGGCAGGGACACUUUGCGAGCGCACACGGUCGGAAAAAUUGAGCUAACAAUGAGCGGGUGUCGUGUUUUCAUCGGCCGUCUGAGCCCCCACGCCAGAGAGAGGGACGUGGAGAAGUUCUUCAAGGGCUACGGGCGAAUCCGGGAGAUAAACCUGAAAAACGGCUUUGGCUUUGUGGAAUUUGACGACCACAGAGAUGCAGAUGAUGCGGUGUAUGAGCUGAACGGGAAAGAGCUGUGCAGUGAAAGGGUAACCAUUGAGCAUGCUCGCUCCAGGAGAGGAAGAGGUGGUGGUCCUGGUAUGGGGCGUUUUUCACCACGAUUCAGCAGUCAUCGCCAGUCUCGCAGCAGUUCAUCCAGGUACGGCCCUCCUGUACGGACAGAACACAGACUGAUUGUAGAAAACCUCUCCUCACGUAUCAGCUGGCAGGACCUAAAAGACCUGAUGAGAAAAGUUGGAGAUGUCACCUUUGUGGAUGCUCAUAGAACCAACAAAAAUGAAGGGGUGGUUGAGUUUUCAUCUCGCAGUGAUAUGAAGAACGCCAUAUCCAAACUUGAUGGAACAGACUUGAACGGACGCAAGUUGAAGAUCUUCGAGGAUCACGGGAGGAGCCAAAGCAAGAGCAGAUCUCGGUCUCGCAGCUCCUCCCGCUCCAGGAGCCGCUCCAGGAGCCGCUCCAAGUCUGGCAGCCGCACCCCGGAGAAGAAAGCUCCAGGCGGGGGCAAGACGGCAAGAUCCCCGUCCCGCUCUCCAUCUCGCUCCAAGUCCCGCUCACCAGCCCCUGCUUACAAGAAACAGUCCAGGUCCAGAUCUCGAUCCGCUUCGGUGGAAAGUCAGCACUGAGCCCCAUCUACGCCGUUUAUAGGACUGACACUAUACGAGACCAUGUCCUUUGGUCACAAGCCUGUGUGAUGGCCAGGUCAUUUCUAAUGGAAGGAGAGGGGGUCUCCUUUAUGAUUGGUUCUGUUUUCAAAUAGAUUGUUGGUCACAGUUUAUAUUCUAAUUCCUAGAUGCUCCUGGAUGUGCUUCCAACGUAAUGAGUUUUUGAUACUUUUUUUUUUUUUUGCUACUUCAUGAUUUAUGAAUGCCUCCUGGAAACCUUCCAUAAUUUUGUUGAAAUGCAGAGAUUGGUCAGAAACACUUUCGAUAGGUUAGCGUUGUCUGUUAUGUCAUAGGUAACACCUCCUGUGAAUGAGCUUCAUGUUUCCAGUGUGACGAGAUUGCAGGUGACGUAAAAGAGCUGCACAAUGUGGGGUAUAGUAUAACAAGAGCCACGUGAUUCCAUCCGCACCCGUACGCUUUGCUAGUCUUCAGUGUCGAUUGUAGAUGAGGGGGGCUUGAUUUCACUUGAGUUCUCCUCUCUUAUCUUUUUGUUUUUAUUGCCAAUUUGACGGCGCUGCUGUAAUACUGUGAUUUCGCCUCUUGCAAGGUACCACGAUUGCUUCUACACGAGCGCGUCAAUCCUGUCGUGUGACCAUCUCAAUGCAUACAUGAAAAGCAGUUUGUGUUUAGUUGGGCUUGUUGGUUAGUUGAAAUGAUACGUCGCCCUUGUCCGGGACAAGUUUCAAGUGGCUAGUUUUAGAAGCUAAAAGUAUCAGCACCUUCCGUUGCUAAUGAUUUGAUUUCCCAGAUUGUAACCGCUUGUCAGCUCUUUGGACCGAGGCUUGUUUGGAGGUGAACGCUGAUCCAGGUUGAAGAUGCUCCACAUGAAGCUGAAGAGGUUUCUGCAGGCGAAAUGCUCUUUUCCCUUGCAAUAACGUUGAUGUUCCAACCCCCCCCCCCCCCUGAAUUUUGUGCAUAUACAAUAAAACAAGGUGGUGUUUCUGGA